CGACGCGCCGGCGACCUGCCGCCGCUCCCGAGCGCCGCCGAUUCGUGGCGGCGGAUCCCGUAAGCCCGACCACCCCGCCCUAUACGCUCGCGGGCGAAGGAGUGCCACAUCUCGCCGGCUCCCGAAUCAGUGCACGCGGAUCUGAUAGGGUGCCAUUGUCUUGGCGAUGUCGAGGGUCCGGGACAGGACGGAGGACUACAAGGACUCCGUCCGCGUUGCCGCGCUCUCCCACGGCUACACGGAGUCGCAAUUGGCAGCGCUCAUGUCGUCAUUCAUCAUCCGGAAGCCGUCGCCCAGAUCGCCGUUCACAAAUGCAGCAGUCAAGACGCUUGAGAGUAUCAGGGAACUCGAGAAGUUUAUAGUGAAGCAUAGGAAGGACUACGUGGACAUGCAUCGCACUACGGAGCAAGAGAGGGACACCAUUGAGCAUGAAGUUGGUGUUUUUGUUAAAGCAUGCAAGGAACAGAUAGAUAUCCUGAAGAACAGGAUCCACGAAGAUGAGAGGAACAAAAGGGCAAAGACAUGGCUUGGCACAAGCGAUGAGAAUUCCCGGUUGGAUUUGAUAGCUCACCAGCAUGGUGUGGUUUUGAUUUUGAGCGAGCGUCUCCACUCAGUAACUGCACAAUUUGAUCGCCUUCGGUCCAUGCGUUUUCAAGAAGCUAUUAAUAGGGCGAUGCCAAGAAAGAAGUUUAAGAAGAAACCAGAAACAAAGCUUGCUGAAACACCCAAGUCAAACCUUGUAUUACAAUCUGAUGUCUCAAAAGCUGGAGAUCAUGAAGUAUCUACUGCACCCUUAAGAGUUCAAGAACAACUUUUGGAUGAUGAAACACGAGCUCUCCAGGUGGAGCUGACCAAUCUUCUUGACACUGUCCAAGAAACGGAGACAAAGAUGAUUGAGAUGUCGGCGCUUAAUCAUCUUAUGUCAACACAUGUUCUACAACAAGCUCAACAGAUUCAGUAUUUAUACGACCAGGCAGUGGAAGCUACAAAUAAUGUGGAGCGUGGGAACAAGGAGCUAUCCCAGGCGAUCCAGCGGAACAGCAGCAGCAGAACCUUCCUCCUGCUUUUCUUCUUUGUUCUUACUUUCUCUGUUCUGUUUCUCGACUGGUACAAAAACUAAAUUUAGCACAUGUAAUCUGUUCUUUUGAUCAUGCAAAUGGAUCGAGCUGUUGACGCCGCCUCGUCUUUUUAGGCUGAGCAAACUUACGUGCUGUUUCUAAUGU